GCGGGCGGCCGGGCGGCUUUUUUGUUGCGCGCACGCGGGCGCCGGGCGCUUCUUGCGUGCCUGCGAUGUGCCUGGCCGGCGUCGCCUUCUCCGUCCGCGCGCCUGCCCCUUCAUUGUGGCUUUUGUCCCCGUGUGUUAGUUUGGGGCGAUGGGCUGUGUAUUCAGAGUUGGCCGGGGGCCCGCGCCCGGCCGUCGCCUACUGCUCACGUUGGAUGGGCAGGCGCUAGCUGGUUUGUGCCGCCGCGUCACCAGUAACAGUAUCUAUUUGACUGCGGGGGAAAAAGGGAGACGACCAUUCAUUGUUCCGAGAGCAGGUUGGCCAGGAAUCAGACGCGCGUGCCAGCGGACUCACGCUCGC